AUGGCUCCAAGUACUCUCUUAACAUGUGCCCGCGCGCGCUCUAUUCCCCCUGGUUGCGCCCGCCCCGCCCCACGUGGCCGCCCUUCUUGUGGUCGCCCUUCCACUCGCGAGCGCCUCCUCUCCUCCCUCACCCUCCUCCUUUCCACUCUCCUUUGUGCUUCGAGCACCGCCUUACUUCUUCCUCCUCCUAUUUCCUCUCCUUCUCUACUACCCUUCCACACCAUCCGCCCCUUCACCCUCCUCCUCCUCUCCUCUCUCCCUUCAUUCCCCUCACCAUCUCACUCUCUCCUCCGCCUCUCCUCUCGUCUACUGCUGCAGCUGGUUGCCGGCUUUGCUUCGUCAUUUUUCCCAUCGAGACCUACCCCUCCUCACCAUCCGCCCCUUCACCCUCCUCCUCCUCUCCUCUCUCCCUUCAUUCUCCUCCCCAUCUCACUCUCUCCUCCGCCUCUCUUCUCUCGUCUACUGCUGCAGCUGGUUGCCACCUUUGCUUCAUCAUUUUUCUCAUCAAUACCUACCCCUCCUCACCAUCUGCCCCUUCACCCUCCUCCUCCCCUCUUCUCUCCCUUCAUUCCCCUCCCCAUCUCAUUCUCUCCUCCGCCUCUCUCCACUCCUCUACUGCUGCAGCAGCCUUGCUUCGUAGCCGUGCUCCUUCCCCACUGUGUUCCUCCGCCUCUUUUUUCUCCCCUCAGCGGCGCAGCAGCAGACUACUCCGCUGUUAUCCCUCCUCCUCUUGUUUCUCCCCACAGCGGCGCAGCAGCAGACUACUCCGCCAUUAUCCCUCCUCUUAUUUCUCCCCACAGCGGCGCAGCAGCAGACUACUCCGCCAUUAUCCCUCCUCCUCUUAUUUCUCCCCUCAGCGGCGCAGCAGCAGACUACUCCGCCAUUAUCCCUCCUCCUCUUAUUUCUCCCUUCAGCGGCGGAGCAGCAGAGUACUCCGCCAUUAUCCCUCCUCCUCUUAUUUCUCCCCUCAGCGGCGCAGCAGCAGACUACUCCGCUGUUAUCCCUCCUCCUCUUAUGUCUCCCUUCAACGGCGCAGCAGCAGACUACUCCGCCGUUAUCCCUCCUUCUGUUAUUUCUCCCCUCAACGGCUCGGCAGCUGACUCCCUCGUCCCUAUUCCUCCUCCUCUUUUAUCUCCCCACAUCUGCUCCAUUGCUACCCCCUUCCCCCGAUGGGGCCUAUUCUCGCUCUUACCUCUCCUCCUCUGCGCUUCCGCCCUCACCUGUCUCCUGCCGUACCUCCUCUCCUACCCUUGCCUUUCUUAA